UAGGAACACAUGACAUUAAAUAGGGAAUAAAGGAUGGCCUCACUAAAACAGAUGUGGCUUUCGCUGACAUUAAUCGCCAUCUUGACAAAUCGACACAGAAUGUGUGGAGCCUCGACUUCAUUAAGUCAACAACUCUCAACAGAGGAAGGAACCACCACAGACCCCUGGGAGUCUUCGCUGAUUCCCACAUCCAUUACACCCAGCACAAGCUCUGCAGCAACUACACAGGAACACACCACGGACAUCCCCAGCACUGUGGCGUCUACACGGGACAAGACCACAGAAAGGACAAGCGCCGCGCCAGCUACAUGGCAAAAGACAACUGAAAUCACAAUCACUGUGGCGUCUACACGGGACAAAACCGCAGAAAGCACGGACACUGUUGCAGCGUCCAUAAAGCCAAGUUCGAUUCUACUGAACUCCCUGUCGACCAGUCACCCAAAUGUUGUCCCCGCUUCUCCCAAUAUGUCGUCAACUUGUCCCAUUCCCAAUAUAAGCGGCGGUACAGCGAUGGCUUCCGCAGGGGGAACAAGUGUUAUCAUCUCGUGUUUCUCGGGCUACAACAUCCAAGGCGCCAGUGUACUGCAGUGUGUGAACGGAUCGUGGAAUUUUCCCGUUCCCACUUGCUUCCGAGAAAGUCAUAAUGAUAUACAUACUUAUGUUCACAAUAAGUUAGACGUGAAUGAUAUUGGACUACCGACCUGGCUUUUAUACACACUGUGCGCGGUGAUAGGACUCCUUGGAUUCCUGCUUCUCUGCUGUGUGCUCUACGUCUGUCUGAAAAUGUGUGGCUGCACAACAGAGCCAGUGUUUGGGUUCAGCCAAGUCCACCCUUACGCCCCCCGACGCUCGUGUUUCACAUGCUGCCGAGAGAGCGUUAGCUAUGACGAAAUGGACUAUGUCAGAAGGCAAAGAGGUCGAACACUCAGGAAGGACACUGAGCUCACGUUCUCGUUACCUAACGAGACUCUGGGUAGAAACGGACCAAGCAGACGACAUCGGUCAAUUAGUGACAGUGGCCUGUCAUCCCAGCCACCGGAAAGUCCCGAGACGAGCCGAAAGUUACAAGUCAAAGUCCGGAGAACGAGAGCCAAAAGCAUCCCGACGUGGUUACCACACAGCCAUCCAAAGAGAAACAAUAACACAAGCACGAAUUAAAGGAUAGAAAGAAUGACACACGUCGACCUGCUGCGGCUGUUAAAGUUUUUAAAAUAAAAAAUCACACUAUACGUGAAUUAUUAUUUUUUUAUUAUUUUAUUUAAAUUGAAAACUCGAUUCUAAUUUCUGUAUUUUUAUCAUACGUAGCGUGUCCUGACUAGGAA